GCGCCGAUGCAACUGUCAUUUGGAGUAAGGUUGGCAUAGUAGGGAAACGUACCGACUGCAUUGGAAUAUUGCGUCCUCUUCACUUCAAACUUCCUAUUUUAACAAUACCAGUCUUCAAUAUAUAUUUGAAGUACAUUUAACAUGGAAAUGCUGGAUUAAUGUCCUUGUUUUCACGGGUGUGUUAUACUGUUAACUAACUACCAAACAUUUGAUAGGUAGCUGGGGCAAAACUAAGCUGGCACUUAAACUGUUAUUUACAAAGCCACACUGCUGUCAAGGGAAGUUAAAUGUUUAUCGGAAAUCGUCCUUCAUUUUGUAGGAGGACCGGGUGAGCUCUGUCUAAUCGUUCUGUUUUCUAACUGAAAGUGUUUUUGGACUAAGCGAUCAUGUCCGCAUCCGCUACAAACUCAGCUCACCAGCAGCAAUCGCGAGUCAGACGCAGCAAUGCAGGUUCCCCCACCUCCACCAGCAACAACAGCAGCAUUAGCCGGCUGCAACCCAUCCGUGCCACUGUGCCCUACCAGCUCUUGCGUGGAAGUCAGCACAGUCCUACUCGGUCCCUCUCCUCCUUCUCAGUUGGGAGCAACACGGGACAGACCACGACCCGUUGCUCCAGCCCCCCAAGUCCGACACAGCUGUUGUCGAAUCCCGGGGCAAACGGCUCAGUGGACGCAAAACUGGUUGCAAAACAGAGACUGUCGCCAGACAACAAGGGCUCACCUGAGCGGACUCCAAACUCACCCGUCUGUAGAGUGGAGAGGUCCAAGUCCCAGCAAGUGCGGAGCUCCAACACCAUCCGACGGACGUCUUCCCUGGACACCAUCAUGGGCCCCUACCUCACCGGGCAGUGGCCCCGCGACCCUCAUGUGCACUACCCCUCCUGCAUGAAGGACAAGGCCACGCAGACGCCCGGCUGCUGGACUGAGGAAGGAGGGGAGAAGAGGGGCAUGCACCAACGCUCUGCGUCAUGGGGCAGCGCCGACCAGCUCAAAGAGCAGAUUGCCAAGCUUAGACAGCAGCUGCAACGCAGCAAGCAGGGCGGCCGCCAGAGCAAGGAGAAGGAGAGGCACUCCCCCCAGCAGGGGGCGCACAGCGCGCCAAGCCAAGCCCAGCCGGGGGCAAAGUCAGUCCCCGUGCUGCUGUCCAACAUCACCGUGCCAAAGUCCUCCAUCUCACGAGUGCCCAGCAGCAUGGAGGGGAUCAACCACGAGCUGGAGAGGGUCUUCAUCAGAGACAACGGAGAGAGGGAGGAACUGAAGUCCCUGGAGGUGCCGGACGGGCGGCGCGCCCCCUGCCCCGCCCAGCAGCGCAGCAGCAGCACGCGGAGCGUGGACACGCAGACGCCCUCGGCCCACGGGCGCUCCAGCAGCUGCUCCAGCCACUCGCCCUGCCCCUCGCCCUCCUGCCCGCUGCGCUCGCGCGACGGCAGCCCCUGCUCCGCCGAGGACCCGCUGUACGACCGCGACAAAGACAGCGGGAGCAGCUCACCCCUGCCCAAGUUCGCCUCCUCUCCCAAACCCAACAACAGCUACAUGUUCAAGCGGGAGCCCCCCGAGGGGUGCGAGAGGGUCAAAGCCUUUGAGGAGAUGACGUCUCGGCAGUUGAGUGGCAUCCCUCUCUUCUCAUGUCCCGACAAAAACAAGGUGAACUUCAUCCCCACUGGGUCUGCCUUUUGUCCCGUCAAACUUCCUGGUGCCUCCCUCUUAACAUCAAACUCCGAUCCCGGUCCCGUCCGGGAUGACGCCGAUGACCACCAAGGGCCCAUCUCCACGGUGAUGGAGCCACCCUCUGCACCCCCGACUCAGGUCUCCACCAGCACCAGCACAAACGACUCCCCAGAGGCACUUGCGUUACCUGCCGUGCACCACCAGGAGGCGCCCUCUGACCCACACGCCAAGCCCCAGAACUUUGUCAUCAGCUAGUCUAUGGCAGAGCAGGCAUCUGUCCUCUCCAGCCACCCCCAACCGACCCACACCGUAGUCCCCCUUCCCUUCCCUCGUUGAAGAACCCCACCUUUCUUUCGAACCCUUUUUUGCAUGGCAUAGCAUUGGAUUCCCAGCAACAGAGAAAAGUCCUUAGUGUUUCCUAGCGUAUUCUUAAAGACUGUUCUUGGCAGGGAUAGACAUCUCUUUUAAAUUUACCAUGUAAUAAGCAGCUCUGCUUGCAUAUGAAAAAAAAAAACUAAGAACGAAGGAGAAGAAAAAAAAAACAACACACUUCAAUAAGUGUUGGGGAUUGCAGGAUGUGGGGGUGGGGGGGUAGCACAUGCAUCUUAAACUGGUAGAUUGUUUAAUCAAAUACUUUCUGUGACCUGAGUUCCAGCAUUCGCAAUAUGAAUAAGCUCCAUAUCACCAGAAAAGAAAAUAUGCUUGUCUGAAUUGAAAUCUGUGUACUGCUCUGUCAUGUAUGUCAUAGGAAAAAAAAGAAAAGAAAAAUGCUGUACUUUUUCAGGAUUAUGUUUACACUCAAUCCAGGUUAUGUUUGGAAACUUAAAACAUAUAAUGCAAAAAAAAAAAGAAAAAGAAGGAAAAAGAAAAAUAACAAAAUGGCCACAUCUGUUGUACAGUGUCCGCAUAACGGUCUUGCUUCAGGUAUUUCACCCCAAGUGUAAACUCAGGUAAUUUGGAAUGUAUCCAUGCAUGGAUUGAUCCCAGUCUGCAGCCUUUUUAAAUUUAAUUUUGGGGCGGAAGAAAGUUAGACAAUAAGCAUCACUCUAUUGCCUUUCCCUUUUGUACAUUGACCUUUGCUCAUGACAUUCCAUGUUGUUGGAAUAAGUGCUUUUCUGCUCUGGUGUCUACUUCCCGGAACGGACAAACCUCUCGACCAGCAGCGAUGAUGCAUGACAUCAUCAUUCCAUGUCGAAAAAAAAAAAAAAACAUUUUCAAAGCAGCAUUUAUAAAAGAUAUUCAGGUGUUACUCAUUUGAUGACUGUUAAAGAUGUUUGCAAAUGAAUGUGUUCAGUAUGAAGCUGUACAGAAGAAACAUUCCAUGUGUUCUUAGUAGGUUGGUGACAUACGGAAGAUGCCCAGGAAAAAAGAUCAUUCAGAUUUCCGGGGAUAUUUAUGUAAGCACAGGCUUCCCCAACCUCCUCGUUGACUGCAAAGGUCUUAAAUCAUUUUAACAACAACCGGAGCGUUCUGCUCCCAAAUUUCCAUGAAAUAUAUUUUGAUAUUGUUAUUCAUAGUAGCUUUAUUGUAGGGAAUAGAAACCAAGGUCCUCUGAGUUGUAUUCCCAAGAGGACAUGCUGCUCAAAUGACAAGAUGGUAACAAAUGCCAUAAUCCCUCUUUGCAGCGAUAGCCACACUCCUACCCACUGAGUAUGGAAACCCACACAUUAGUUUUGAUAUACUUAUAUGCUCCUUUAGAAGUGUUGAUAUAAAUCCUUCUCAUUUCACCUUUACAAGGUUAGAUAUGGCUUUAAAAUUGAUCAAGUUGAUGCAAUGUUAGCCAAUACCUUUUUGUAUAUUAUAGUAUAUCCAAUGACCAAGUUGGUCCCCACUCGAAAGUAACCUUUUAAAGUUACUCUAAAUAUGAAAUUUUAAUCAAUUCCAUUCCAUGUUUUUGAGGAUGAAACCAAGUCAAAAUUUAACACAUUGAUACAUAUGAAUUACUUUUAAACAAAGCACUAAAAAUGUGCUUGAAACACAUUGCUGGAGGAUACAUUGUUUGAAUGUAUUCCUGUGUCUUUCCCUUAUCAUAUAGGGAAAAACGUGUGUCAAUGGUCACACACUAUGGCAAUAAAGUAUCAGGUUCUUCAAGAUGAAAGGAGGAUGUUCUUAAUGCUGUACACGUACACAGAAAUGGACGUAGUAUUAUUAUUAUAACAUUAUUUAGCAUACUUGACAUGGAACCACCACCACCACCACCAUCACCACCCCACUCCCGCCAGAAUGAGAGGGAGAUUUCCAAAGAAUCCAGUACAAUAUCCCUGUGUUCUAAAAGCAUCAAACAAACAGCACAAUUUUACAUCAACGUUCACCCGAGCUUAAAAAGUGAUAGGCCUCCUUCAGAGUAGUCCUUGUAGUGUACAGACCACUACUGCAGGAUUAGUACACUGGUAAUGGGGGGAAAUAAACAACCCAAAUAGUUUAUUGUGUACUGAUGUUAUUUUUCUUUUUUUUGGGGGGUUUCCUCCCUUUGCAGAAAUUUCAAGAACAUUGUUAAGUAAGCUUGUUUAAAGUUUGUGCAUAGCUCCAGUGUAAUGUCCAGCCACUGUGUUCAGCAGUGUUUAACAGCUGCCACACAAACAUAUAUAUUUAAUUUUGGCUGUGUGUGGCUUUUUCGUUUUGUAUUUUUCCAAUAUAGAGCUCUUGUGUCAUUUGAAUAAAGUUCAUAGCUGAACCAAA